GCUCUUCCGGGCGCCACCUCUCCCGUUUGGCGGCGGCGAAGGUGGCGGUGUUUUGGGGGUGGGGGAAGUGUUGUCAGCGAGAGAGGCAGCGGCGGCCGCCGGCCGAGGGAGCGAAAGUGAGGAGUAGCGGAGGCCGCACGGCGCGCGUUAUUCCGAUGGAGAAUACUAGGAAGAGAGUAUAAUGGCAACAGAUGAUGAUGACGAUGGGAUGACGUUUUCUAAUUUAUUGCAUGGUGUUUCUUCUCAAGGAGUAGAUGAUGAUGAGAGUUCAGUGGAUAUUUAUGAUGGAUUAGACAGCUCUCCAGUUAUUUCUGUCAAACCUGCUACAAAACUGACCUCAUCAAUAAGUAGUUUAAACCUAUUCGAUGAGAUCCUGAUUGAAGAAGGAACAGCAAAGGAAGCUACUUACAAUGAUUUGCAGGCUGAACAUGAGAAAUGUCAGCAACAACUUCAAGAGUUGACAAGGAGGUUUCAGCAAAUACAAGAACAGAACUCUGCUCUGCAAAAUGAAAACCAGUCUCUUAAAAAGAAUAUUUCCGCUCUUCUAAAAACAGCUAGAGUGGAAAUUAAUCGCAAGGAUGAAGAAAUUAAUAGUCUCCAGCGAAGGUUAACAGAAUUUCAAGUUCAUCCGAAUAGAACAUACGUCCCAGCAUCAACUAAUAAUGCAAGAAACUUUGAGGGAUCAAAACUGAAAAAUAAAUUCAGAGAUUUAGUUCCAGAGAACAAUUCAAGAACUGAUUCUAGAACUACCCAAGCCCUGCCUAAGGACAAACCUUGCGGUUAUCCACCUUGGGGUACAGAAAAUAAGAAAUUGCCUCCAGAAAAAGGAGACACUCUAUACGUAUCUCAAUCUCAUCCUGAACAGCUUUGCAGAGAUGGUACUCAUGUAAGGCUUGCAAGUGUUGACAGCUCUUAUGACAAAGAAAAAGGAAAAAAAGAAAUGAAGCAUAAUGAGCAUCAUAGCAGUGAGAAUAACAACAGAUACAAAACAAAAGCACACCAAAAUCUGGGCAGCACACUAGAGGGAAAGUUGGAUCCUCGUGGAAGGUUGGAAGUUAAUCCAGACAAAACAGAAAAAAAUGGACUAUGGAAAGACAAAAAGGACUUGAAGCUCAAAAGCAGCCCACAUACAGAAAAAAGAACUGGUAAGGUCCCUUCUGCUAGGGAGAAACAACCAACUCCUAAAGACACAUCACUGUCAAAACCAGAACACUCUAGCAGUGACAGGAGUGAAAAGUCACAAUACAAAAAUCAGAAGGACCUGAAACUGAGAAACAAAGAGGAAAGCAACAACGGACAAAAAAACAGGCAAUCUGACAGCUAUCUAGAACAACAAAGAACUGGCAAGGUUAGUAGUCCCCCUGAAUGGAAUAAAAUUGCCAGAAGCCCUAAAAAAUUAAGCAAAAGCUAUGUGGAAGACAGAAAGAGAAAACAUAGUGAUUGCAGGAGGAACAAAGAAGCAAGCGGUCCUGUGCCCUGUGGAGGGAAACCUUCACCACCACCACCACCUCCUGUUUUAAACAAAGACUUGAAACAUGGCCACCCUAAAGAGGAUAGCAGUAAAAGUGAAUCUGAACACACGCGUUCAAAAUCGGGCAGACAUAGAACUGAAGAGAAAAGGAAAAAUGAGAGAGAUGAUUCUAAUGAGGCCAGGACUUCUCAAAAUGAAAAAAGAGAAUCAAAGGAACCAUCCCUCCAAACAGGAAAAGGAGCCAUGAAAAUUAAAGAUAGUUCAAAAAGGGAGAAAAAGAAGUCCUUUCAAUCAGUAGAGACUGCCAAGGUAGUUGAAGGCUUGGAGGAGCAGGUGCCUAUAAAAGUUAGAAGGGAGGAGGAGCAGUCAAAAAGCAAAGACUUAAAACUGAGCUUUAUGCAGACAUUAAAUUUAACCCUUUCUCCUGCUAAGAAGCAAACAGACAAAUGCAAAGCAGUGGCAAAGUCUACCAAUAAAUGUGGUACAGAAAUUCCAGGUCAGGAAGUCAUGUUGGUACCAGCUGAGGCUAUUGGUGCUAAUGCCAUUAAGCAAACACAAACACCACUAUCACCAAUCUGUGACAAUCCUGUUCAGACCAAAUCGGAACAAGUAAUGCCUCUUUCUGAGGUCAAAACGAAGGUGGGAAAUGAGGGGCUGCCAAAAACUCUAAACGCAAAGCCUUUGAAGACAACCUCAGACCCACAAGAUAUAGCAGCGCAGUGGGCGCCGGAGGAUGCGAAGCUCCUGCCUGAGGCAAAAACUGGGAUGGGAGAAGCUGAUGGAGUUGAUGAGAUGCAUGUGGCUUCUGGUUUAGAAAGCCCCUUGGUUCAAGACACACUUCCCGAUAACUCUUUCAAUGAUGUGGAGACUAUAAGUUCUGUGGAUUUUGAUUCUUUUAGUGUAAUAGAUGAGAUCAGUGGGACAGAUUCAGACUCACUGAUGGAUGAGAAGGAGUCCAGUAAUUGGACAGGUGAAAAUGUCUUGGAGGGUCCUGAAAAAGAGAACAAGCCUAUGCCUCAUAAAGCUACUGUGGAAGAAGGCAAAAUACUGAGUGGUGGUCACUUGGAGCCAAGCUUUCCUGACCGUAACCAUGAAAACCACUUGGAAACAUUAUACAAUGAAGGGUUGAAACCUACAUCUCCAGCAAGAGAAAUAAGCACAGUUUCUGUUGAUGAUGAUAACUCUAUUCUGAGCAUUGAUCUCAAUCAUAUGAGGAAUAUUCCAAAAGCAAUCAGCCCACUUAAUAGUCCAAUGCGACCUUUGGCUAAAGUACCCCGAAUGGAAAGCCCUUACAAAGGACCUGUGAAAAGCUAUAAUACAGAUUUUGUUCCAGAAAAUGCAGUUGUCUAUCCUGGAAGGAACCAGUCCAGUGAACUGAACAAGGAAAACCAAAAGCCUCUUUGCUCAGAUCAUCAAAUCUUAGAGGAGUCUCAGCUAAGCAUGUCCUCAGAUGAAUUAGAAGAAGGUGAAAUUGUAAGUGACAAUGAUGAGCCUAAAAUAGAAGCCAGCUCUGAAAAUAGUAAAAAAACAAGAAGAAAAGCAUCUCCAGAUAGAUCUAAUUUGGCCAAGAGUACUUGCAACCACAAGGUCAGGACAACAUCUUCCAGAGAAGAUACAGGAAAAUUGUCUUCUGGGGGAAAAAAUAAAGAAAAUCCCAAAGAUGGAACUAUAAUGCGCUCCAAUGAAGUAAAGAAAAUUAAAACUGUGAGCAUGGACAGUCUUGAAAAAAUAGUUCAAAUUAUUGUUGUACCUUCUACAGUGCAUGAGUUCAUGCAGAUGCUGAAAGCUAUAAGAAAGCAAGUACGGAAAAGCUACAUGAAGUUUAAGAUACAAUUUCCAGUACAGCAUUUUCAUAGGAUCAUAGAUUCAGCUAUUUUGAACUUUACAUCUUUGGUAAAAUACCUUGACUUCUCUAAAAUGUCUAAAUCUAGUGAGGCUUUAAAGCUGAACCUCUGUGAAGUUAUAGAAUAUAAACUUAAUCGGAUCAAAGAGAAUAGUGCAAUAGAGCAUCUCUUUGAACAGCAGCAAUCCGAUAUGAAGAAAAAGUUGUGGAAACUUGUAGACGAGCAGCUUGACUACUUAUUUGAUAAAAUAAAAAAAAUUAUUCUAAAGCUAUGUACCUUGGUAAGCUUUGGAAAUGAAAGCGAUGAAGGUAAGCUUGAUAAAAGAAAGAAAGAAAGCCCCAAAUGCCUUAUAAAUCAUAAAAAUAAAAUUGACAGACAGAAAUCAAAGAAACCAGCCUUAAAUGCUAGAAUGCAAAGGCCUGAAGAAUGUGCCCCAUCAAAACCAGUAGCAGGUAACCAGCUAUUGAAGCGAGGUCACCAUAACACAAACAAAAUGAGUACACAGAAAAAUGUGACUGCAAAAUGUAGAAGUUCCCAUACUGUUAACCCAAAACAUUCUCGGACUGAAGCUGAACCUUUCAAGGAAAGCUCCAUGUCAGACACUUCUUUGAACGGUGGAAAAAAUGAAAAUGAAAGAUUGCGUAUGAUUGGAGACUCUCACAAGUCUGAUAUUAGCUGUGGACCUCUCACAGAACAGCAGAUGUCUGGCCUGACAUUCAACCUGGUGAAUGACGCUCAAAUGGGUGAAAUGUUCAAAAGUUUGUUACAAGGCUCUGACCUUUCAGAAAAAAAUGGUGACUUUAUCAAUGACAAUCAGUGGGAGUUCAGGACACCAGAAAAACACACCCAAGAUGGCCAGAACUGUGUGAAUGAGCCUCCAUAUGAGACCGAAGAGCAGAUUCCAAGAGAGACUGGAGUUGAGUCAAGAGUACUAGAUGGAAUUAAAUGGCCUAUAGUUUCACCUGAAAGGGAUUCAGCUUUUUUAGCUAGGCUGCAGAUGCCAAUUGAUCCAGAUAUUCUUGAUGAAAGCUGUAUGUUUGAAAUUCCUACUAGUCCUGCUUUGAAGAAAGGUGAGGAGUGCAUUUCAGAGAAACCAAAAUCACUUGUCUCUUCUAUUCUUCUGGAAGACCUAGCUGUGUCAUUGACUAUUCCCUCCCCUUUGAAGUCAGAUGCUCAUCUUAGCUUCUUGAAACCUGACAUGUAUGGCUCAGUUCCUGAGGAUGUUCUGAGCGCACACUUCAGUGAAGAUGCCCAUCUCGAAGAGGAGGAUGCUUCUGAACAGGACAUCCAUUUGGCUUUGGAAUCUGAUAAUUCAAGCAGCAAAUCAAGCUGUUCUUCAUCAUGGGCAAGUAUACCUCCUGCUCCUGGAUUUCAGUAUUGCCCAAGCCUUCCAAUGCAGGCAGUAAUAAUGGAGAAAUCAAAUGACCACUUUAUUGUUAAAAUAAGGCGUGCCGCACCAUCUACCUCACCAGUCCUUGAACAGCCUACUCUAGCAAAUGAACCACUGACCUCUUCUAGUGGGGCAGGAAACAAGGAAAUAGUGUUGGAAGAAAAAUUAGAUACUUUGGACCUCAAAAGCAUUCCUUUGGAAGAUACAGCAACAUCUAAGGAAAAUUUAAAGAUUAUUGACUCUGAGGGUAAGCUGAAUGAUGUUGGAGAGAGACAAGUUACUCAUUUGCUGGGGUCUGAGAAGGAGCCACCUCUGUGCCUUGCAAACGAUCAGGUUCCUCAUCUUUCUGAACCCCAACAGGAACCUCAUUCUGAUGCCCCGAAUGAGGCACUUGAAUCUGUAGAGGACCUGUUCAGGAAUGCCAGAGAAGAACAACCUUGCAAUCUUGCAGCAUCUGAAUUGCUUCAGGAGCGAUAUACUAAUGCCAGUCAAACUCAAGGCCCUGAUUUACUUGGGCCCCAUCAGGUGUUGCACGGUGGUGCUGGCCCAGAAGAAGCCACUGAUUUGCAAGAGCCACCUAAAGAACCAGGGAGAACUUUAGAAUCCUUGAUUAAAACUAGCCAGCAUGAGGACACACCUGAAGUGUUUACACUACCUCAGGCACACACCGUGAAAGUUUUUCAAAAAAGAGAUGCAUCUUGUGCUGAAUUAGAACAUUCUCCAAUUAGCUGUGCAGCAGUUUCCCUUGUAGAAAAGUUGUCUUCUGAGACCCAUUUUGAUAUAUGUGUAGACUUGACUGAUGAGACUCCCAUAGAAAAUGAAGUUGAUUCAUGGGAUCUUACAGUGGAACGUGCUUCAAAUGCUAGAAUGGGAGGCUUAUGUAAAGAUAAAGAGGAGGGGAAGACAGUGAACCACCAUGUAGCAGAUGAUCAUCCAAAGCAUGAUGUUGAAGCAGUUGUAAAUUUGACAGAGCAUCCGCCUGACAAGUGUACAGCAGAUAAGAAUUUUGAAACAGGUACUACUCUAAAUACUAGUGGCCUGGGAUGUGAAACAAAAGAAAGGAAAAAAAGAAAAAAAGAGACAGAAGAUACACCCAACGCAAAAAGACAAAGAAAGGAGAGUAGUGAAUUGGCUUGUAAAAAAGGCAGCAAAAGGUCUAAAGAGAUUACUUCAGUGACCACAGACACAUCCAGUAAUAAAACUGCAUCAGUCGGAGACAAAGAUUCUUUACCAUCAACAUCCUCCCUGACACCCUCAAGUCUGUGUGCCAAAAACAUCAUUAAGAAAAAAGGGGAAGUUGUGAUUUCUUGGACAAGAAAUGAUGACCGGGAGAUUCUAUUGGAAUGUCAGAAGAAAGGACCUUCAGGAAAAACAUUUGCUUCUGUUGCUGUCAGGUUAAAUAAAAGUCCAGCUCAGGUUGAAGAAAGAUUCAAGCAGUUGCUGAAACUAUUCAAGAUGUCAAACUGCAGCUAGUGGCUAUACUAUUGCUACUAAGAAUGGACUGCUAUGAGUUUAUGUGCACUGUGUGCAUGUGUGUGUGUGUGUGUGUGUGUGUGUGUGUGUGAGAGAGAGAGAGAGAGAGAGAGAGAGAGAGAGAGAGAGAGAAAUGGGACAUGUAAUCAAAGUCAGAAUAACUGUUUGUUGCUUCUCCAUUUAGGUAGACUUAAAAUGCACCUUUUAUGCCCACAGAUUUCAUAAUAAUGCCCUGCUUUCUCAAUUUUUUUUUUGAAGGUAUCAAACAGAUCUGUUGGACCUAUUAGUGUCCUUGAGCAGCCUUGCAUAUUAGAGAGCACAGAGGAAACAGGAAGUGCAUACAACCUGUCUUUCCUGUUACCUGAAUUGCCUAGAGUGAAACUUUCAUAUCUCUCCUUAGAAGUUUCAUUUGGGAUUAUAAAGAACGGUUAGGGGAAGUUGAAGUGCAAGACACUAUAGUACUUCUCGUUCCUCUGCAUUCCACUGUGUCUGAAGCCAUUAUUUUAUUAAAACUUUGGGGACAGCAGAUGAUCAAUUCCUAGCACAUGGGAAGUUGAAUUCUUCUGAAACACCUCAUGCUAUUGAUUUAAAAACAGACAGCGAACCUGUUGCCUUCCAGAAGUUGUUGGAUUCCCAACUUCCAUCAGCCCUUACCAUCCUGGUCAAUAGUCAGGACGAUGGGCAUUGUAGUCCAACAAUAUCUGGAGGGCCAUAGAUUCCCCACCCUGAUUUAGAAUGUCACAGAGAAAUGUUGACCACUAGAAAACACAAGAGGGUUGGUUGUUAAACAACAGACUCCUCUUUUCUCUCAGUUUUCAGAAAGCACAAACACAGAUUGUGAAACUUUGCAGUAUAUUACCCAAUGGCAUUUGUUCAAAGAUGUACUGUACAUACAGUCCUUAUUAUAGAUCAUACAAAGUUAGCAAAUUUUGGCAGGAAUACAUCAGUAUUUGCAAGUGUUUCCUCAGAUGAGCCAACACAAUGGCAGCAUUAGAAAUAAUGCUAAACCAUGAAAUAUGGCUUGUUUAACAGUACUGUGCACACAACUCAAGCUUUCCUGCUUCACUCUUCCAUUAGUUCACCCGGGAAACAAACCACAGAGCUCCUGGCUUAGCAUUAUGUCCCAACCAGUGCUUAUGGUUUUCCCAUCACAAUAAACCAUAGUCUGAAGCCAAAGUUUCUUUUUGCCUUCCCAGUCAUGGUUUGGAGAAAAGAAACCAGAAGUGCUGCUAAGCCAGCCACUCCGUUUUUGUUCACCAAUUUUACUAAUGGGCGAUGAGUGUGAUUAGAGAAGCCAUAAUUUGUGGCUUAGCAUUGCAGCCAAGCAGAGCAAUUAUUUGGAACCUGUAUGCACAAUUAUUUGUAUUUAAAAAGCCAACUUUUGCAAUUAAACUACAAUUGCCAUUUCGUGUUAGCUUAAAAGUAUUGCUUCCCUUUACAACAUACUUUCAACAUUUUAUGAACUAAGUGUAGAAUCCGAAUAUGUAAAUUCAAAGGUGCUUAAAUUAAGAGGUUCAAAAUUUUAAUUGCAGGUAAUCCAGAGAAAUUGAUAGACACCUCUGCCCUAAUAAGUCCUAACCUUUAGAGAAGUGAGGGUCUUGUUUUGGCAGCUAUUUCUGCUGAACAUGUGCACAGCAGGAAAAGCCCUAAGUGGCUCCCCAGCCUUUUAUUUCAGAAAGAAAACAAUCUUAUAAAAAGGUGAAAACUCAUUUCUUAAAGUCACUUACUGCCGUUCUGAUCUGGAUAUGUGUGUUUGUGUGUGUAAAUAGUAGAGUUUAAACGAGACACUUCUGUAAAUACCUGUACAGAUUCUCUAAUGUGUAAAAUAUUGUUCUUUACCUGAACAUUUUUGAUUACAUAAAACAAGUUUUAUUUUGUAUCUACUAAAUACUGCACACCGUUAAAACCCCAAACUUUGUAAAAUGAAUGCACUUAAUAUUCAUUAAACAUUGACUUGAAGUGUU